AUGGCAGCUUCUGGGAUGGGGAAUUACUCGUCGCUGUUCUUUCCGGGUCGACUAAGUAAUUCCGAUUUCCGACGACGGUUCUUUCUCCUCGGCUCUACUUCUCGCUUCAUCCCACAGUCCGUCAAAGGCGUUUUCGCGGCAAGAGUUAACGCGGCUACUUCAACGGCUCUUGUCGAAACCAAACCUGAUCCAAUCAUGGACGAGUUCAAGUUGGAAAGUUGUAAGGAUAUCUUAGCUUGUCCUAUAUGCCACAGCCCUCUAAUCUCUGAUGUCGAUUCUGGUUCAUCACUGGAUUCUCCAGCAGGAACCAAAUUUCAGUGUAGAACUUGUCGAAAGGCUUACUUUGAGAAGGACACUCAUAUUGAUUUGACCAUUACUGGUGGUAGUCAGGGAUAUGGUGAAACCAGACCUGCUUCUACCGAGCUUUUCAGACUUCCUCUGGUCUCAUUUCUGUAUGAGAGAGGUUGGAGACAGAGCUUCAAUAUAUGGGGUGGUUUCCCGGGUGCUCAGAAAGAGUUUGAACUGAUGAAGGAUUACCUGAACCCAGUCUCUGGAGGAAAAAUUGUUGAUGCGAGUUGUGGCAGUGGGUUGUUCUCCCGGCUUUUUGCCAAGAGUGGACUGUUUUCUCUUGUUGUUGCCUUGGACUUUUCAGAGGCUAUGUUGCGGCAGUGUUCUGAGUUCAUAAAGCAGGACGAAGACCUUCCUAAAGAGAAUAUAAUCUUGGUCAGAGCAGAUAUCUCCAGGCUUCCAUUUGCAUCAGGUAGUGUGGAUGCUGUUCAUGCUGGUGCCGCUUUGCACUGUUGGCCUUCACCAUCAGCAGCUGUUGCUGAAAUAAGUCGUGUUCUACGACCAGGAGGAGUAUUUGUUGCUACCACAUACAUAUUAGAUGGUCCAUUUUCCUAUUUCCCUUUGCUAGGGCCUGCACGGGAGGCCAUUGCUCAGUUCUCUGGAAGUCAUAUUUUCCUCUCCAAUAAGGAACUCGAAGAUCUUUGCACAACGUGCGGCCUUGUGGAUUUCAAAGUUACUAGGAACAGAAUGUUUGUAAUGAUCUCUACGGUAAAACCUCAAUAG